GUAGCACAGAGACAGAAAGAAAGAGAGGGUGACAGAGACAGGGUGAGAGAGACAAGAGUGGAAACUGACAGCUUCUUUGAUCUGAAAACUAAAAAGUGGUGGAAGAUCUGAUUAUUGGGUUUCUGAAUUAAAAGGCAAGCCGCAGUGAUAAAAAGUAGCAGGUCAAGAUGCCCAAUUUUGCUGGAACUUGGAAGAUGAAGAGCAGUGAAAAUUUUGAAGAACUCCUCAAAGCGCUCGGGGUGAAUGCGAUGCUGAGAAAGGUGGCCUGUGCUGCGGCCUCUAAACCCCACGUGGAGAUCCGGCAGAACGGUGAACAGUUCUACAUCAAAACCUCCACCACUGUAAGGACCACAGAAAUUAACUUUCAAAUAGGAGAAGAGUUCAACGAGGAGACCGUAGAUGGGCGGAAGUGCAAGAGCCUGGUCACAUGGGAGACCGAGAACAAGAUGACCUGCAGGCAAACCCUUCUGGAUGGUAACGGCCCUAAGACGUACUGGACACGAGAGCUGAGAGGGAACGAGCUCAUUCUGACCUUUGGGGCCGACGAUGUGGUGUGCACACGGAUUUAUGUACGGGAAUGAGCACUGAGGUGAACUGGAUGGAGGGAGAUUCCGGCACUUGCAGCUUUGGAGGAAUAACAUUUCGUUCGUGAUUAACUUGCACUGUAGUGUGUUAGUUGAUACUUUCUCCUGUUCUGACUUCAUCACCAUUUAUUCAGUUUAAUCAUUAGAUUCAUUUUUAUAAUGUGUUAAUUAAUUUUAUAUGUACAGUGUUAGUCAGGCCUGGCUCAAGCACUAAGAUGAUUUAAAAGCAUAGCUUACCCAAAAAUGAAAAUCCUGUCAUUAAUUACCACCCUCAUGUCGUUCCAAACUCGCAAGAUCUUCAUUCAUCUUCAAAACACAAAUUAAGAUAUAUUUGAUGAAAUCCGAGAGCUUUCUGACUCUGCACAGACAGCAAUGCAACUGAAACGUUCAAGGCCCAGAAAGGAAGUAUGGACAUUGUUAAAAUAGUCCAUGUGACAUCUGUGGUUCAAUGUAUGCAGGGUCAGAAAGCUCUCGGAUUUCAUCAAAAUUAUCGUAAUUUGUGUCUGGAAGAAGAACAAAGGACUUAUGGGUUUGGAACGACACUAGGGUGAGUAAUUAAUGACAGAAUUUUAAUUUAUGGGUGAACUAUUUUUUUAAGGUGGGCCGGAGAGUUGGGGAAUUGAGCAGGCCUGCUGUUAGUUAUUUUCAUGGUUAUAUCUGACAAACAUUCUUAGAACAGUUGCAAUGGUUUACUGAAGCCAUGUCUAAUGAUCUUCAUUAACCUUUUUUUUAGUCAUUGUGCAUGAAAUAAUAAAGACAUAAUUGUUAAUGAUAUGAUCGUACAUUUUUGAG